AUCUUUAUACAAGAACUAUACAAAACCAAAUACAAUUAAUUGAAAACUUACCUUCUGAAAUACAGUUUAAUAAGCUGCUUGAAUUAAUACAUUUUGCCACGGAAAAGGCCAUUCCAAAUAUUAAAGCUCCGAUAAAUAAGCCAAAUUUUUAUACAAAACAUUGGUGGACGGAGAAAUGUUCACAAUUUGUUGCACAAAGGAGAUUGGCCUUUAAAAAUUUUAGAAUUAAUAUGACCCCAACAACAUAUCAUAUUUAUCAAGUAACUCAAUUAAAAACAAAAGAUGUAAUUAAUGCAGCAAAGAAAGUAGGUUGGGAAAACUUGUGCCAAAAAAUAGGCAAUAAACCCUCAUCAAAAUAUGCUUGGAAUAUUGUUAAAAAAACUAAAAAAUCCACAUGAUAUGAAAUCAAAAUCUGAAAUGAUAGAUAAUUUUGAACUUGGACAAAAAUUUAUGCAACACAUUUUGCCACAAUAUGUACCACACAAAACUGAAAUUCAACCCCCAUUAUUUUCUGAAAAAUCACAUAUACUUGAAACUAAUUUUAACAUCAAAGAAUUAUACAAGGCCCUUAAAUCUAAGACAAAAGACACCUCACCUGGAGCAGAUGGUAUUACCUACUCCCUGAUUAAAAAACUACCACCUGAGGCACUAGAUAUAUUACUAAACUUAUAUAAUAAUAUUUGGAAUGGUAUAAUGGAUUUCCCUGACAGCUGGAAAAAAUUCAAGGUUGUUGCACUCCUUAAACCUGGUAAAGAUAAGGAUAAUGAAACAUCGUAUCGACCAAUUUCCUUAAUACCAUGUUUUAUUAAAAUCAUGAACACAAUGAUCAAAAAUAGGCUUGUAUGGCUUGUAGACUAUUUAAAGAUAAUCCCUGAUGCACAACACGCUUUUAGAAAACACCUCGGAUGUGCUGAUUAUUUGGUGCAAUUAAUUUCAAAUAUACAAACUGCUUUUACACACAACGAAUCCACUAUUUUGGCGGCUUUAGAUAUUUCCUUUGCGUAUGACAAUGUACAUUUGCCUACUUUAUGGACAAAAAUGUUCAUUAAAGGUAUACCUAGGAAAUUUAUUGUGCACUGUCACAAAUGGCUGGUUGAUAGGCAGCUGACAAUCACCUUCCCCGACUAUCAGAUUACAAGGACCACUUGUCGAGGGAUCCCGCAAGGUAGUGUCCUGAGUCCUUUAUUAUUUGAGAUAUAUAUAUCAGACAUAAAUAAAUGUCUACCUACUCAGGUAAAAUCAUUACAGUAUGCUGACGAUGUCACCUUAUAUUCAUCUGGUAAAAGUUAUGACAACGUACAAUAUAAUAUGCAAUUUGCAUUAGACAAUAUGAAUAAAGUAUUAGAGGAUUUAAAUCUAAGCCUAAAUCCUAAUAAGAGUGUCAUAACCAUUUUUACUAGAAAAAGGUCAAUUACAAACCUCAAUACACAAUUUUAUAUUGAUGGUCAAACAAUAAGAGUUGAAGAUAAAUUAAAACUCCUAGGUAUUACUAUAGAUAAUAAAUUAAAAUUUAAACCAUACUUAGAACAACUUAUAUUGCAAUGUCAGAAGGACUUAAAUAUUUUAAAAAUGGUAUCAUGUGGCAGAAACGGUGCCAACCCCGAUUUUGUGCUGAGUAUAUACAAAAGUCUAAUUAGAUCCAAGAUUGAUUACUGCUCUUUUAUUUAUGGUCAUGCUCCUAACUAUAUACUUGACAGACUUGAAAAAGUACAAAACCAAGCACUCCGAUUAGCGAUUGGGGCCUUUAAAACUACCCCUAUCAUUGGCAUGCAAUUUGAAUGUGCUAUACCUACACUAUCCCUGAGAAGAUUAUCUCUUACUGAGCGACUAAUUUAUAAAAUAAUAACAGAUACAACUCACCCAGCCUAUCACAGUGUCAUGUAUCUAUACAUGCUAACUAAUAAUAACCCUUUCUGGAACAAAAAGAAAACUCCUGUAUAUAUACAAGCAUUAAGCCUAGUACAAACAAUUAACCCCAUAGAAAACAACUUAAAAUUAUUUGCUGUACCCCACGAUUUAACCAAACCUAUUGAAAUUACUGACGUAAAUGUAAGCUGCAAUACACUAAUUAAUGGUAGAUUGCUUGACAAGAAAGUCAGCAAUCAAAUAUUGCAACAAGAAUGGUAUAAUAUGGUAAACAUAACCUAUAAGGAUAAUAUUAUGAUCUACACUGACGGAUCAAAAAUUGACUCGGGCUCUGGCGCAGCCUUCUAUAUUCCGUGCUAUGACGAAAGACAUAUUUUCAAACUCAACCAUAUCGUUUCGAGCUAUACAGCCGAAAUGUAUGCAAUACUGAAAGCCGUUGAGUAUACUAGAAAGAUCACAAAUAGUGAAAUAGUUAUCUGCUCUGACUGUAAAUCUGUCAUCGAAGCAGUUGAUCAGGCAUUAUUGGGGAAUAAUAACAGUAAGGACCUGACUUUGAACAUAAUAGCGGAAAUGAUGAGAAACAACACAAAUAAUUACACUUUACAAUGGAUACCUGGCCAUAGUGGGAUUAAAGAAAACGAAGCCGUAGAUAAAUUGGCAAAAGAAUCAACAGGUCUAACUUUCACCAGCUACGAAUUCUAUGCUGGACCUGUCAUGUCGACAGGUUCAGCCUCGCCCAUGGAAGCUCAUGUCGAGAGCGACAUGGAAAUACAAAAGGCAAACAUGAGCUCAAGGCGGCAAGUACACGGCUUAGAUCCCAGAAGAGCCCAAUCGCAUCCCACCAGAGGUGGUUCAACUUGCAGUGCAGAUUCAACCAAGGGAGGUGCUGUGGAUGAGAAUCAGGCUCUCAGAAGAGGUAGCUUCCCACCCAUCUGGAAGAAGGCAAAAUUAGUACUCCUGAAGAAGGAAGGAAAGCGAGAUG